CCUCACCGCCAUCGUUUUGGAAAGAGAGAUUAAUAAUUGAGCGUUUAUAUAUUGCGCGACAGUGACAGAGGGGGGCGAGGGAGCGCAAAACGCACUGUGGAGAGGAGGGGGGGUUGCCAGUUUAAAUCUAUCUGUGGCUCGAAACCGACCGGGAAGCACGCCACAGCCGCUCCGUGUAGUAGUAGUAAAAGGGCUAGGGAAUAAAAAAAAAAAAACAGAAAGCAAAACAAGCCUAUUCGAGCGCACAUCCGCGAGAGAGAGCGAACAACUGUCUCUUCUCUUCUCCUGCGUAAAGAUUGUCCCGUUUCGGCGUGGAACAUGAAUAAGCUUUACAUCGGCAACGUGAGCGCAGAGGCGAGCGAGGAGGACUUGGAAAGUAUCUUCAAGCAGUGGAAGAUUCCGCACAGUGGCUCAUUUCUUGUCAAAACUGGCUAUGCGUUUGUGGAUUGCCCGGACGAGAAAGCGGCUAUGAGAGCUAUCGAUGUUCUUUCAGGUAAAGUUGAACUUCAUGGGCAAGUUCUGGAAGUGGAGCACUCUGUCCCUAAACGUCAAAGGAGCUGUAAGCUGCAGAUCAGGAACAUCCCGCCUCAUAUGCAGUGGGAGGUUUUGGACGGUAUGCUUGCACAGUAUGGUGCAGUAGAGAGCUGUGAACAAGUUAACACUGAGACAGAGACUGCAGUAGUGAAUGUUCGAUAUGCAACCAGGGACCAGACAAGAUUAGCAAUGGAAAAGCUGAAUGGGUCGAUGAUGGAGAACUAUGCCUUGAAAGUGUCGUAUAUCCCAGAUGAGACGGCUGCACCAGAAGGUCCUCCUACAGGUGGUCGGAGAAACUUCAACGCCAGAGGACCUCCUCGUUCCGGCUCCCCGGGUUUGGGUGCACGUCCCAAAGUACAGUCGGACAUCCCGCUGCGCGUGCUGGUUCCCACGCAGUUCGUAGGGGCAAUCAUUGGCAAGGAGGGCGCCACUAUAAGGAACAUCACCAAGCAGACUCACUCAAAGAUCGACAUCCAUCGAAAGGAAAAUGCAGGAGCGGCAGAAAAGCCAAUUACGAUCCACUCCACUCCCGAAGGCUGUUCAAAUGCCUGCAGAACCAUCAUGGAUAUCAUGCAGAAGGAAGCAGUCGACACAAAGUUCACGGAGGAGAUCCCACUGAAGAUCCUUGCACACAACAACUUUGUAGGAAGAUUGAUAGGAAAAGAAGGACGCAACCUGAAAAAAAUAGAACAAGACACAGGGACCAAGAUCACAAUCUCACCGCUGCAGGAUCUCACUUUGUACAACCCUGAGCGGACCAUCACGAUAAAGGGCUCCAUUGAUGCAUGCUCUAGAGCUGAGGAGGAGGUGAUGAAGAAGAUCAGGGAGUCCUAUGAGAGCGACAUGGCUGCUAUGAAUCUCCAAUCCAACCUCAUUCCUGGCUUAAAUCUGAACGCUUUGGGUUUGUUCCCCAGUGGAGCACCAGGCAUGGGUCCCUCCAUGGCCAGUGUCCCGCCUCCUGGAGCUCAUGGCGGAUGCUCGUAUGGCUGCAGUCCUUAUGGGGCUGAGGGGCCGUUUUGGGCUUCUAUGCUGUCGGCAAGCAGCCAGCCACUUGCUCAGGGCCAGCCAGAGUCUGAGACGGUUCACUUGUUCAUUCCUGCGCUUGCUGUGGGAGCCAUAAUUGGAAAGCAGGGUCAACACAUCAAACAGCUGUCACACUUUGCUGGAGCCUCAAUCAAGAUUGCACCAGCAGAAGGAAUGGAUGCCAAACAGAGGAUGGUCAUAAUUGUCGGGCCACCAGAAGCCCAGUUUAAGGCCCAGUGUCGCAUCUUUGGCAAGCUUAAAGAAGAGAACUUUUUUGGGCCGAAGGAAGAGGUAAAGCUAGAAGCUCACAUUAAAGUUCCCUCCUUUGCUGCUGGACGCGUCAUUGGGAAAGGUGGAAAAACGGUGAAUGAGCUGCAGAACCUGACCUGUGCAGAAGUGGUGGUACCCAGGGACCAGACACCUGAUGAGAACGACCAGGUCAUAGUAAAGAUCAGUGGACACUUCUUUGCAUGCCAGUUGGCCCAGAGGAAGAUUCAGGAGAUCCUGGCUCAGGUGAGGAGGCAACAGCAGCAACAACAGCAGCAGCAGCCUAAGUCUCCAUCGGGAGCCCAACCUCCGAUGCAGCGCAGGAAGUAAUGAUCCAGCAGAUCUGGAGGAGCGGUGACUGGAUCCAUCGUGAAACUUGAAAGAUGGACGGAUGCAGAACAGCUCAGAAGGAGCAUGGGGGGGGAGUAAUGACACUGGAUCCUAAUGCACAUCUCAGGGGUCAGGUCAUCGGAACCAAACAUCCACCCCUCCCUGAACAACUUAAUGACCUUAAGGUGUGGGCAGUAAGACCUUGCUCUUUUAAAGCUCGACCCACUUCACCUCUCUGCAUCUGCUGUGAGAAUGUACUGAGGGCUCCCACCAACAUCACCUGCCCUCCAUUUGACCGCCCCCACCCCACUCCACCCCUGGGUGUAGUUUUUUGUUUCAUUUUGUUAGUUUUACACUAAAACCACGAAGAUAUACCCCCCUCCCCAUCUUUGGUACCUUAAAGAUGUUCGUUUUGUUUUUUUCUUAAUGGGUUAAAGCUUUCUCACGGGUUUUUUUCCGUGGAAAGAAAGGCAUUGCUUGGUCCUGGUGGGACCAACGGAGGUUUAUUUGGGGGGAGGGUUGGCUCUGGCUGGAUGGGCCACAUUUAGGGGGAAAGUUCUUGUUCUAGGACAGGAACCCCUUUGAGGGUGUAUUAUAUCAGGCGUCCUGCCCUCGGAAUGACCGUGGCAUUUUAAAAUGAAAUUCGGAUGCAUUUUAUAGAUAGACCUAUAUGAGAAGAUCGAUAUAUAAAUGAAUUAAAUAUAUAUAUAUUUAGUGGAGUGGGCAGCACGGCGACUGACCCUUUUGGGGAAAAGGGUGCCAAACUGCUGCUGCCCUGAAAAUCCAAUUUAAUAUGCAUUUUGUUUAUCUACCUCAGGAUCUAGUACCUCAGAAGAGAAAAAAAAAAGAUUAUAUGGAGAAAAAAAAGUUCCUUUCUUUUUAUUUUGCUUUUGUGGUAUUUUGUAUACUUUAUAAAGCUGAUAGUCUUUGAACAUUUUUAUUUUUUUAAGAAAAUUUAAACUUUUCAGGUCAGCUGCCAACUGACCUUGCCUUCAACUCUGGUGCUUUAGGCGGCAUUGUACAUGUGGAUGUGUGACAGAGGUGACCCUGUACAUAAGGUUUAUUUGUACAUAGCAGCCUUGGAACAAGAGUUGGUGCCCACCCCUCCCCUCAGCUGGCGGCUGACAGAAGUGUAUAGAGAAAAAAAUUGCCUCUGUCUUUUUUUCCCCCCUUUCAGGUCCAUCAUCUUCUUAAAAUCAAAGAACUAAAACCGUGCAAAAAAAAAAUGCCAACCGUUUAUAUUAACAGCAAUGCCAUUUUGUUUGGGGUUUUGUUGGUAGUUUAAUGUCAGAUCCUCCUUUUGCCUUCUUAUAGGGGCUGUGUCAGAGUCUUUGCCAUUUUAUUUUUGCCCCCUCUUUGGUCCGUUUCAUUUCUGUGUCAUCCACCGCCGUAUUGAUGAUGCUGUUCUGCUAAGGUCCAAACUCCGCCAUAGCAAUGACAUGGCCAUUAAGUCCUUCAUAUCCUCCUGGAUGGUAACAGUAGAGGGAGUGGCACAGAUGGGAGCAUUUUUAUGUUUUGUGCUUUAAGAAAGUGAGUUGACCUAUUUUUGACUUGAUUAGGUUUUUAUUUUUGUUGCUCAUCCAGGGGAAACAAGUCAAACAUAUUUGUGAAUGAACCCUCACUCGGACGGGAAGCAAAGAUCCAAAACGUAGUCAAUUUUAUUUCCUUUGUUUCCUCGCCGAAUGUAAAUGUAUAUCGGUUGUGGUAAAAGUGCUAGUGUAUCCAUGCUUCCACAGUAGAACGCAGUCUACCUCAGCUGAGGGGGAGAGGGGUGGGGGGAGUUGCCGUGGCUCUGGACGCCUCACCCCGCCCCCACUGAGCGCCAGCGCGCACCAAUACCUCAGUACCCCAAACACUUGUUUCUAACUGGGCGCGCCCUCCAGACACCAUCCUUAACUUAGGGGCACAAGUGAUACUUAAAAGGAUCCUCCUGAUACUCACCCUCCCCUCAUCCAGUUUGCUUUUGAUCUACCUCUUUAGACACAUAUUUGAAUUAGAGGCAUUCUUCCAUUUGUUAGAAACCCACCCCCCCCUCACACACACUUUUGUCCACCUCCCCAUAAGAGAAAUUAAAAUUUAAAAUCAUGAACUCUGUAGAUUUAAGAAUAAUGGAAAGUGAUUAGAAAUGUUUUCUUUUGACAGUGUUUAUUGAUAUAUAUAUACUCCUUUUUGGCUUUAUUGAACUCCUGAAUGGUAAUUCCUUUCUGCUUUCUAUUUUUGGUGGUGUGGCUUAAAUAUAUUCAAACUAGUGCUAUUUCUUUUCUGUAAGAAAAUCAAAUCUUUGAUUUCUUUUGCUUUCAGUCUUAUACAAAAAAUAAACGGACUGUUUUGUUUGUUUCUCCCCCCCUCCCGAUCUUUUGGAUUUAAAUGACUUGAAAACAAGAAAAUGCAAGUCCCUUUUGUCUUUAGCAGAUGCUAAACUCACUGAUUUAAAAGCCUUUUUGGUUAGUAUUUCUUGGCUGUGUAAUGUGGAAAAUUUUUUUUUUCCCUUGGUAUGGGACAAAUAAGAGGAACUGAAUCUGUUUUUGGAAAGUGAUCUAUCAGCAUGAUGUUCUCUCCUCCCCCCUCUGCAACCAUACUUGUGCCCUGUCACCUCCCCACAACCACACAGCUCCACUUGUCAAAUGCCUCUGAAUAAAAAAAAUAAAAAUAA